AUGGAUGCAUUAGUUCACAUUGACAUAAACUGGGGAAUAAUGUUCCUCAUUCAGACCACAACUGGAAUCCUAGCCAAUUCCUUCCUCUUUCAUCUGUAUAACUUUCCAUUAUUCACUGCACAAGUGGUGAGACCCAUGAACUUGAUUCUCAAUCAGUUGGUCAUAUCGAACACUCUGGUUCUUUUCUCCAAAGGAAUCCCUCAGACAGUGGCCACCUUUGGGUUGACAUCGUUCCUGGAGGAAGCUGGGUGUAAACUUCUCCUCUAUUUGUACAGAGUUGCCAGAGGAGUCUCCCUUAGCACCACCUCCCUCCUCAGUGGCUUUCAGGCCAUUAAGCUUCAUCCCAAUGCUUCCCAGUGGCUGAGCACCAGAAUUAAAUCCACAAUGUGUAUAGGAACCUGCUGUUUCCUUUGCUGGACCUUGCCACUCCUGCUCAAUGUCCAUGUUACAAAGAUGGCAGGUGGACCUAAGAAUAACAGAAACCUGAGUGCUAAAGGAUUACACAGAUACUGUUCCUCAACUAUGCCUGAGAGAUUAACUUUCCUGCUAACAGGAGUGAUUCUAUCCCUAAGUGAUAUUAUGUGUCUGGUCCUCAUGGCCUGGGCCAGUGGCUCCAUGGUCUUUGCCCUGCGUAAACACAAGCAUCGAGUCCAGCACAUUCAUAGCCACAGCCUCUCCCAAAGGCCUUCCCACGAGGACAGAGCCACACGAACCAUCCUGAUCCUGGUGACCAUGUUUCUGUCCUUUUACUCUCUAGCUUCCGUCUUAUCAUUUUGUAUAACCCAGACUGUGAACCCAAGCCCUUGGCUGCUGAACACCUCUGUGCUGCUGUCAUUGAGCUUCCCAACACUCAGUCCUGUCGUGUUCAAUUUUAGCAAUAUUUGUGUCCCUCAUUUCUGUUCUGUCCUUCGGACAAAGAAAGCAAACAAAGCAACUAUGGUCUCUGAGGAUUGA